AUGGACGGGGACCUCGCGAAGCGCGUGCUGAGCGAGGUGCGUCGAUUGCAGCCGCCGUCCACGACGCCAUCGAGAGAAGCCGCGAUGCUGCGGCUGCGUAAUGCCGCCUCGGCGGCGGACCACCAAACCCGGUGUACCUACGUGCAGAAGGUCGCCGAGCUGGGGAGGAGGCUCGCUGACAGCUGCGGGAGGCUGUCGGAUCGAGGCGAGACGCUUCCUGCUCAGUGGGAGUGCGUCGACAUACCUCCUCCUGGCUCGAGGCCAAUCAGUGCAAGGUCUGUGUCGCCUCGUGUGGCAAGGAAGCUGGAGGGUUUCAAGACGGAGAUGCUGAAGGCGGACGGCGAGGAGUGUGUGCAGAGUGCCGAGGUGAAGAACUAUGUGGAUCAGCACUGUCGCCGGAAGAAGAACAUGAUGGGUCUGGCGAAGCGCAUGGCUUCAGCUGGGAUGUUGUGCCGGUGCGAGGAGAAGGUCGACGAGGUCGGGCUGUUCUGUGUGGUGAAGAAGGCCGAGGUGGUAGGCUCCGAGGUCGCCCUGAGGCUGGUCUUCGAUCAGCGGCGCUCCAACUUGCGGUGGCAGCGGCCGCCGUGGUUUGCCAUGGGAGGAGUGAACGCUACGCCCCAUCUCUACGUGUCCGAGGAGAUGAAGUACCCGGCCGCGGAGAUGAAGUUCGGUACGGGCGACUUGCCCGAUUUCUACUACAUGCUCGACCUGGGAGAGGACCUGGCGCCCUAUUUCGUGCUGCCGACGGUCAAGGCGAGCGAGCUGGUGGCCUCCCUGCCCGACGACGUGGUGCUGACGGGCCAGGGGGAGUACCUGGGGAUCCGAGUGGCGCUCAUGGGCUUCUCGUGGGCGUGCUGGAUGGCCCAGACCACGAUGGAGGACUUGUUCAACGGAGGUCCUCAGCUGGGGCUGGGCUGUCUCUCGGAGAAGCAGCGGCUGGCGGAGGGCGGCCAUCUCCCCCAGAUCUCUCGCGAGGCGCCCGCCGUCCAAUACGAGCACAUCGACGACUUCGGGAUGAUCGGCGUGGAUUUCGCGGCCUCGGGCAGCGACCCGGCGCCUCCUCGAGUGCGGGACAUGUGGCUGGGGGCCAAGAGACUGGUGAGGUCGGCGGGCUUCCAGGUGCACAAGGACGACUGUUCGGAGGAGGCGAGGGUGAUCGGCGGGGACUUCUCGGGGACGCGCCUGGCGCCGAACCAGGACAACAUGUGGAUGGUGGUCGCUGGGAUCGAGGAAAUUGGACAAGCAGGUGUGCUGAGCGAGUUCGCGGAGGUGUACCAGUGGUCUUCGGAGGCUCGAGCUGGGCCGCGUCAGCCGGUUCCGAGGGAGGUGCUCAAGAAGCUGGCGGUGGUUGCCGCGAUCGUGCCGUUGAUCUCGGUGGACCUGGCCAUGCCCUGGGACCCCCUGGUGACGAUGUUCGAUGCCAGCCUGUCCGGAGGAGCCAUCAUUGGCACGGAGAGCACCCGAGAGGAGCAGCGCCGAGAAGCCCGAUUCGCUGUACGAGGAGGUUGGACUGUCUGGACGGGUAUUUCCUCGUCUUGGGCUGCCGAGCAGUGGUCCGAGGGGGAAACCUACCUGCGCGUGAUGGAGGGCGUCGAGCUGGGGAACCGCAUUCGGGUCCCGCCGGUGCACAGCUGCUGGGACGACCUGUCGAGGUGGAGGGAGCUCAUGAGGUCCGCCACCGCGCCGAUCCUGAUCUUGUGCAGGCGGAUGGCUUCGCCGAACCUGGGGUGCGGGAAGAGGGAGCACUGGAGGUGGGCCCCAUCGGAUCGGAACCACAGCGACAGACCCAUCCGAGGAUUCCCGGUCGGGCAGGCCCCGAAGCACAGGAGCGGGACGACGGAGGUGGUGCUGCCUUCCUCGGCGGCGGAGGCCAUGGAGGAGUUGGUCGAGAUCGCCGAGGAGGACCCGUUCGAGCCGCUGCGGUGCCGCUCGGUGAUCUCGGUGCGGGGGCCUGGAGUACUGGCUGCUACGUCUGGCGGCCCUGCGAGCCUGCGACUCUACCUUCUGAUGUGCACGAACGUGGACGUGGGGUUCGGAGCCGAGUUCGACCUGACCGACGAGGAGAACGUGACUAAGUGGGAGAUGUUCUCGGAG